GCAGAGGCGCGAGGCCCUCCUCCCGCCUCUCCGCCUACUCCAGCCUCCGCCGCCUCAGCUUCCCGAGCGAGCCCUACGGCCGCCGGAGCAGCUCCCGCGGCGGAGCAGGAGCCGGAUGGUCAGAGGAGCCCGGCAGCCCCAGCAGCCGCGGAGUCGCCUGGCCCCCAGACUGACUGGCACAGUGGAGAAACCACCUCGAAAACGGAAAAGCAGGACUGAAUUUGCGCUUAAAGAAAUCAUGUCUUCUGGAGGUGCUGAAGAUGAUAUCCCACAGGGAGAGAGGAAAACAGUUACAGAUUUUUGUUACCUUCUGGAUAAGUCUAAGCAACUGUUCAAUGGAUUAAGAGAUUUGCCACAAUAUGGGCAGAAGCAGUGGCAGUCCUAUUUUGGAAGAACUUUCGAUGUUUACACCAAACUCUGGAAGUUCCAGCAGCAGCAUCGACAAGUCUUGGAUAAUCGGUAUGGCUUGAAGCGGUGGCAAAUAGGGGAAAUUGCUUCUAAGAUUGGGCAGCUAUACUACCAUUAUUACCUACGCACAUCUGAGACCAGCUAUCUGAAUGAAGCUUUCUCCUUCUAUUCUGCAAUCAGACAGAGAUCAUAUUAUUCUCAAGUCAAUAAAGAGGACAGACCUGAGUUGGUUGUUAAGAAGCUACGAUACUACGCAAGGUUUAUUGUAGUUUGUCUUCUGCUUAACAAAAUGGAUGUUGUGAAGGAUUUGGUGAAGGAAUUGUCAGAUGAAAUUGAAGACUAUACUCACCGCUUUAAUACAGAAGAUCAAGUGGAGUGGAACCUGGUGCUUCAAGAAGUAGCAGCUUUCAUUGAGGCGGACCCAGUGAUGGUACUGAAUGAUGACAAUACCAUUGUUAUCACAUCUAAUCGCCUCGCUGAAACAGGAGCCCCGUUGCUGGAACAGGGCAUGAUUGUGGGACAGUUGUCUCUGGCUGACGCACUCAUUAUUGGUAAUUGCAAUAACCAGGUUAAGUUUAGUGAACUAACUGUGGACAUGUUCCGGAUGUUACAAGCCCUGGAAAGGGAGCCAAUGAACUUAGCCUCCCAGAUGAAUAAACCAGGAAUGCAGGAAUCGGCUGAUAAGCCUACCAGACGAGAAAACCCCCACAAGUAUCUGCUCUACAAACCAACCUUCAGUCAACUAUACACAUUCUUAGCAGCAUCUUUUAAGGAACUGCCCGCCAAUAGUGUGCUUCUGAUUUACCUGUCAGCCACUGGCGUCUUCCCCACAGGUCGUGCUGAUAGUGAAGGUCCUUAUGAUUUUGGAGGGGUACUUACUAAUAGUAACCGAGAUAUUAUAAAUGGAGAUGCCAUCCACAAACGAAAUCAGUCCCACAAGGAAAUGCACUGCCUUCAUCCCGGAGACCUCUACCCUUUCACGAGGAAGCCCCUGUUUAUUAUUGUGGAUUCGUCCAACAGCGUCGCAUACAAGAAUUUCACAAACUUAUUUGGACAGCCACUAGUCUGCUUGCUUUCUCCUACAGCAUAUCCAAAAGCUUUACAAGAUCAAUCUCAACGAGGUAGCCUCUUCACUCUCUUUUUGAACAAUCCUCUAAUGGCCUUCCUAUUUGUCUCUGGAUUGUCAAGCAUGCGCAGAGGCCUAUGGGAAAAGUGUCAAGAAUAUCUUCGAAAAAUCAACCGUGAUAUUGCCCAGCUACUGACCCAUUCACGUUCAAUAGAUCAAGCAUUUCUUCAGUUUUUUGGAGAUGAGUUUCUUCGCUUGCUUCUCACAAGAUUUAUCUUUUGUUCAGCCACCAUGAGGAUGCACAAGAUUUUUCGGGAAACACGAAACUAUCCAGAAUCAUAUCCACAACUGCCAAGGGAUGAAACAGUGGAGAACCCUCAUCUCCAGAAGCACAUUCUGGAAUUAGCAUCCAUUCUGGAUGUUCGAAACGUGUUCCUCGAGAGUACCAUAGAUGACUAUUAAAACAAAAUCCUCUUGUUGAAACAAUUUUUCAUUUGCCACAGAUUUUACAUGGUGCAGUUUUCUAAUGUGAUGACCAAGACACAUAGUGGUGUUACUUAGUUUUAAUUUUUUAAUUUAAGGCCACCAUUUUAAAAACAAACUGAAAAAAUUGUUCAAACUUUUAGGGUAACUGUUUUAAAAUACAGUCUUUCAAGUCUUUUAAAAAACUCAAUUAAUCUUGGAAUUUUUACUUUUUGGUUUUGAGGUAUGGCUACUUACCUCCAGCAUCUGUCCCUGCACACAAAUAGUCACUGUUCUCACCCUCAGAAGAGUAAAUCAUUUAUUUUUAUAUAAUGAGGAAAAUCCAGCUCUUAUACUUGGACCUUAAAUGUGUGGAUUUAAAAAAAAAUGUGUGGAUUUAGAAAAUUUAUCAUUGUUCACAAAGAUGAAACUAGCCAGCAUGGACUAUUAAAAAUCAAGAACAGGCUUUCCAUAAUAUUUCUUUUCAUUCCAGCUUAGUAGGUGGACAAAUGUGUGAUCCUUUGAAGCAUAAUCAAGACAUUUUUUUAAAUAAUUUAACUCAUUAAAUACUGUCAUAAUUUCAGAAAAUGUAUAGGAUUGGUUUGCAUUUGAAAGUUAAAUCUUUAAUUGAAGUCUUAAGAUGAUAAAUAUCACUUGGAAUGUGUGAGCCCUGUGUUAUCAUGAGAUAUGCUGGCAUAAUUUGCUUUCUUUAUAAUCUGAAUGCUGGAAAUGAAAAAAAAAAGACUUUUAAGUAUUUCGGUCAAAAAAUCAGAUUGUUGGUUUCAUAAUACAAUGUUUCCACAAGGAAUUCUAUUUAAACUCUUAAUUCAUGAUACCAAGUUUGAAGACUAUCCAGCUUGAAGGCUGUGGCAUAUAGUACAGAGGUUAUCAUCUUUUUGCCUAGUUCACGUUUAUGAGACGUCAAAGUCAGAGAUGUUAUUAAUUUUAGUCAGGGGUAACUGAAUUGUUAUUUAACCUAAAAUGGAAGUAACUUUUGCAUUGACAAUUUGGAAAUAAGAUUUUUUUAACUCCUUUUAUUUAACAUUUUAUAUUCAUGCACAAGUUUUUUUUUAUUAUUAUUUUAAAUAGGACUCCGUAUAUAAUACAAAGUUUUUUGUGUUUUUCUUCUCUGUCAUCCGCUUCAUAAUUUCAUAAGCAUUUGUUAUGAUGCUUUGGGUUUUUCCCUCUAAUCUUUAGACUCCAAGGCAUUCAAGUUCAGAAAUCUAUGAACCAAAAGCCCUUCUACCUAAUACUCUGUACAGGCUCACAUUCUACUUCUGGUGGUCCCAGGGGAAAUAAGGUGAUUGCUUUUGGUGCCUCUUUCCUGUGUCCAUAGGGAAAUUUUACUGUAACAUUUUUACUUUGGUUUUCAUUUCAGGCAGAGGCUAUUAUUUGGGUCUGAGUUAUUCAUAUACCUGUUCCAAUUUGCUGAUUUUUCAUCUGAAGUCUUGAAAUUACUGUUCUUGGAUUUAGGGGACUUCGUGGCAUUUCAUUCAUUCAUUUCUUCAUUGUUUUUGUUUGUUCUUUUAAACAUUAUUUCAUAAAGCUUUAGAAGACUUGUCCUGGAGGGAGAUUUUUUUUUUUGCCUGAUGGGUUUUUCUUUAUCAGAUAAAGACUGCUUUUCUUUUUUUUGAUAUCUUUAUAAAUUUAAUGGCUUUCCUUUCAUAACCGCGUUCACCAGGGUUACAGCAGUAGGCUGACCUCUUGUUUCAGUCCCCUUGAAUUUCUCUGCCAGUAAUGUACCUGACCUCACGUAUUUUCCUCUCCCCUGAUGCUUAAAAUAAUAUUUAUCUUCCUGAGCUUUAUUCUCACCUGUUUAGCAUAAAGAACACUGGUCUGAGAACUAAGAGACCUGAGUUGUAAUUCUGCCUUUCUUGGUAACUAGCUUUAUGCCCUUUGACAAGUGUCUUCAUGUUUCUGUUUUAUUAUAUUCUCAUCUGUAAAAUGAAGGCAUUAGCCCAAGAUCCUGUCCAGUUGUAUGGUUCUAUAAUUGCAAUCUUGAUUUCCCACCCCCUGCCACCUGGAAAAUCAGUUCCCCUGAGUUUAGCAUAGACGUUUUCUUUUCUAAGUCAUAUUUCAUUUGUUUUUGUCCACAAAUAUAUCGGAGUCUCAGUUAUUUAGAAGCUAAUCAGGUGAAGAAAUUCGAGCUUUUGUGAUUAGAAACGUGUUUGUACAAGAACAAGGGGUCUUAGAAAUCACAAGGAGGGUUGAGAUGAUGACAUUGUUCCUUGAGCUGAUAGUAGUAUAAUUUCUUAUUGGUAGUUAAAAAUCUAAAGUGAGCCAAAGCGAUCUUGAAUCUUUAAGAAAGGAAAACUGUGCUAGAAAAUUCUAAACCGUUGUUUCAUUCAUGCCAUCAGAAUGCACACUGAACAACUAUACUCCUGAUUUUGUCCCAGGCAUUGGGAAAGCAAAUGAAUCAGAUGUAAAAAUCCUUGUCUUUAUGAAGUUUAUAUUUGAGUAGGAGGAGUCAGGCCAUAAGCAUAAUAAGAAAAUUUCUGUUAGAAAGUUGUAAGUUGUAUGAAGAAAGUUUAGAACAUGGUAAGGGAAAUGUUUUCAUUGUUUUGGGGUGAAGAACAGUGUGUAAGUGAGUGAUCAGGGUAGGCCUGACUGAGAAUACUACCUUUG